UGAUUGUUUCUGGAGCAGUAUAAAUCUUGAUCAAGUUUAAUCAAAAACUGUCUUCCACUCUUCGUUCAAUUUGAUGUUCGUACUGGAAAGUCUGAAAGCUUCGGCAAAUCCCAUUACCGCCGACGUCUUGGUCGGGCUACAUCACACUCCGGCACAGAGCAGUCGGAAGUAAGUUGGGGUUGUAUUCUAACUUGCCGUUCAAGCCUACACACAUUGCAUAGUGUUCUUGUGCGUGUGAAUUAACCUGAUCGGAACUCCCAUUUGCUUCAAACACCAUGUAUUCGUCUAAUCAACAGAGCCUAUAGCUGCAUAUAAACAGAGUGGAAAGCAUCAAGUUUGUCAACAACAACCAACAGCAGCCAAUGUUCGUCAACAGCAUCAGCAGCCCCAUUUAAAUUAGCAUCAGCAGCAAGUUGUUGAAGUCGAAAUGAUGCCAAUACGCCCAAACGUGUUAAGUGUACAAGUCCCAUCAACAAUGAACUAUGUUGGUCUGAAUGACUCAUCUAAUGUUGCAAGGGAUGGAGUGGAGAAUGGCACAUUCUCUCAGGCAGAAUCACUUGUUAACCCAUCUAAGAAACUUGAGAACGAUAUGCUGUUGCUGGGAAAGAAGAUAAAACAUCAUGAAGAAAAUAUCAAAUAUUUGAGGAAUCAUAAAAACAGUUUUGACGAUGCAAUUACUGAUAUGCAAGUUACUCUGGGGAAGUAUCAUUCCUCAACAGGACCUAAGAUCGAAGAUGAGGAUCUUUCCCACAUGCAGAGUGAAGAGGCAACAGUUGGAAAUAUUAUGAAACAUGAGAACUCAGCUGCUGCCAUUUGGUGCCAGCUGAAACGUCAUCGCAAUCAGGCUGGUCAUAUGAAGGACGUCCUUGGUGUUGUAGCUACUCUUGGAAAAGUUAAUGAUGAUCAUCUUAGUGGGCUUCUAUCGGAGUACCUUGGGCUGGAUAAUAUGUUGGCGCUAGUUUGCAUGACAUAUGACGGUCUUAAAUCUUUGGAAUCUUAUGACAAAGAAGGCUCUAUAAAUAAAAAUUCUGGUCUUCAUGGCCUUGGAGCUUCAAUGGGACAGACUUUGGACGGACGAUUUAAUGUGAUCUGUCUUGAACAUGUUAGACCAUAUGUUGGCGAGUUUAUGCCUAAUGACCCGCAAAGGAGGCUUGCUCUUAGGAAACCAGCAUUACCAAAUGGUGAAUCUCCAGCAGGAUUUAUUGGGUUUGCUGUGAAUAUGAUCCAGAUUGAUAGUGCACAUUUAUACUAUCUAACAGCCGAUGGCAAUGGCCUAAGAGAGACUCUUUUUUAUACUCUCUUCUCGCGACUGCAAGUUUACAAAACCAGGACAGACAUGCUACAGUCCCUACCUUGCAUAUUUAAUGGAGCCAUCUCAUUGGAUGGAGGGAUGAUAAGGAGUAACGGUGUAUAUUACCUUCAUACUCGGACAAAAGAGAUGGAUGUUAAAUUUGCAAUAAGCUCUGGGGUUUCUUAUCUACCUGAGAACUACAUGGAAGUUGAAAAGCAGAUGAAGGAGUUGAAAUGGAAAAGGGAAAAACUGAUGGAAGAUAUUCAGAGGGAAGAAGCAAUGUUAGCCCAUGUGAAGUACAAUUUCGAAGUUAAAAAGCAAGAGUUCCUUGGUUUCAUGGCACAAAGCUCACCAUAUACAAUGCCGUACCCGAUGCCAGCAACUCAAGCAAGAUUGACUCCUCGAUAGAACUCUUUUUGACAAUGGCACCAUCAGCACCAGCCACACAAGAAAAUAUCAUCUUUCUGAAGAUUAAGAGGUGUGUUGACUUUCAGGUUCAAUAGGAAUUGUUCAUUUGAAUCAGAUUAUGGUGAAACUAAUGCGUUAUCGCCUGCUAAAGGCAGGUAUUUUUGAAACAAUGGUGUGGGGCAUCAAUUAUCUUCAUAUUGCCCAAAGAAAAAUGUUGCCUUUUGGAGCAUGUCUUAGUUUUAACAGUACCUGUGGAAUGCUAUAUUUGUCGAUUAAGAACCUUUAGGACCUUGUUGCCAAAGUUCGUUCUAUUGUUGGUAUUCUAGUGCUCAUAAGAUGCGUUAAU